GUGGCCCCAGCAGCCUAGGUGGGAGGCAGAGCUGCCAGCGCGGAUAAAACUGACUGGCGGCAAGCAGCAGCACGGCGGGAAGGAAGUACUGUAGCCACCUCUUCUUGUUUACUCCCGACUCCUCCCUGCCGCCUCUUCCCGUUUGCCUUCCUGCAUCGGCGGCCGGAGGAGCCACAAACUGGGAGCAAACAGAAACAGGGGUAGUGGGCUUGACAGCAGGCACACUCUAGCGUGCCAGCUGGGACCACCUGCUGCCACCAUUCAUGUUGGGGGAUUGAAGUGCACACGACAGGUGGGAUGUCAGGGGUGGGGGGAGGAGGCGUGCCUUGCCUAGUGCUGGCACCCUAGCACUGGGAUUGUGUAUAGUUGGUCUGUACAUCUUAGUAUCAGGAAUUUUUAACUGAUGAAUUAUCUCUCAAAAAUAAUUGGUUAUUAAUAUUUAUCUUUUUGCCUAAUAGAUAGUGUCUAACAAUGGCAGAAGCCCAUCAAGCAGUCGCGUUUCAGUUCACUGUAACUCCAGAUGGAAUUGAUCUGCGUAUGAGCCAUGAAGCUCUCAGGCAGAUCUAUCUGUCUGGGCUGUAUUCCUGGAAGAAGAAAUACAUCAGACUCAAGAACGGUAUAAUUACAGGAGUCUAUCCUGCCAGCCCAUCCAGUUGGCUUAUUGUAGUGGUGGGAGUUAUGUCAACAAUGUAUGCUAAAAUGGAUCCUUCAUUGGGCUUAAUAUCAAAAAUUAACAGAACUCUUGACACAACCGGCUAUAUGUCCAGCCAAACACAGAAUGUUGUCAGUGGGAUUCUUUUUGGGACAGGGCUUUGGGUGGCCCUUAUUUUCACAAUGCGCUAUACUCUAAAGAUGCUGCUUUCCUACCAUGGGUGGAUGUUUCAUGAACAUGGCAAGCUUUCCACAGGAACCGUGAUAUGGAUGAAACUGGUAAAGCUUUUCUCAGGGCCUAAACCAAUGCUGUACAGUUUCCAGACAUCUCUGCCACGUCUUCCUGUUCCAGCUGUUAAAGACACAGUAAAUAGGUACUUGGAGUCGGUUAAACCACUUAUGAAUGAUGAACAGUUUAGAAGAAUGGAAGAUCUUGGCAAAGAUUUUGCGGUUAAUUUGGGACCAAAACUACAGUGGUACUUGAAACUGAAAUCCUGGUGGGCUACAAACUAUGUUAGUGAUUGGUGGGAAGAAUAUAUUUACCUGAGAGGACGUGGCCCGAUUAUGGUUAACAGUAACUACUUUGCAAUGGAUUUCCUGUAUUUUACUCCCACCUCUGUGCAGGCUGCUAGAGCUGGCAAUGCCAUUCAUGCAGUCUUGCUGUAUAGAAGAAAACUUGACAGGCAACAAAUCCCACCAAUUCUUCUGAUGGGAUCCACUGUUCCACUCUGCUCAGCUCAAUGGGAGAGGAUGUUUAAUACCUCCCGUAUUCCAGGAGAAGAAACAGAUACUAUCCAGCACAUAAAAGACAGCAAACACCUCGUUGUGUAUCAUAAAGGAUGCUACUACAAAGUGUGGCUGUACUAUGAUGGCAGACUAUUGGCUCCCCGGGAGAUUGAACACCAGAUGCAGUGGAUUUUAAAUGACAAAUCUGAGCCCCAGCCUGGUGAAGAGAAAUUAGCAGCUCUUACUGCAGGAGAUAGAGUACCUUGGGCUAAGGCUCGCCAGGCAUACUUUGCCCGUGGAAAGAACAAGCAGUCUUUGGAUGCCAUUGAAAAGGCAGCUUUCUUUGUGACUUUGGAUGACACUGUUCAGGGUUACAGGGAAGAAGAUCCGGUGAUAUCAAUGGAUGCUUAUGCAAAGGCACUUCUGCAUGGCAAAUGUUAUGACAGGUGGUUUGACAAGUCAUUCACUUUCAUAGUGUUCAAGAAUGGUAAAAUGGGCUUAAAUGCUGAACACUCUUGGGCAGAUGCUCCUGUUAUUGGGCAUCUUUGGGAGAAUGUCAUGUUUUCUGACUGUCUUGAAUUGGGCUACACAGAGGAUGGCCAUUGCAAAGGAGAAGUCAAUUUAGGCAUUCCUAUGCCUACCAGACUACAGUGGGAAAUCCCUGAAGAGUGCCAAGAAGCGAUAGAGAGGUCCCUGGCAAUUGCAAGACCUUUAGCAGAUGAUGUGGAUUUUCAUUCUUUUCCUUUUGAUACAUUUGGGAAAGGAUUAAUGAAGAAAACAAAAACUAGUCCUGAUGCUUUUGUGCAACUUGCACUGCAGCUUGCUCACUACCGGGACAUGGGGAAAUUCUGCUUAACUUAUGAAGCAUCUAUGACCCGCCUCUUCAGAGAAGGUAGAACAGAAACUGUUCGCUCAUGUACUGUUGAGGCCUGCAAGUUUGUGCAAGCUAUGGAUGACCCAGCAGAAAGUACUGAAAAAAAGUGUGCACUGUUCAAGGCUGCUGCUGCUACCCACCAGCAUUUGUACCGUCUUGCCAUGACUGGUGCUGGCAUUGAUCGUCACCUCUUCUGUCUUUAUGUGGUGUCUAAAUACCUUGCUGUUGAAUCUCCUUUCCUUAAGGAAGUUUUGUCAGAGCCCUGGAGACUUUCAACAAGUCAGACACCGCAGCAGCAUAUUGACUUGAACAAGAAUCCUGAAAUGGAGUCCAGUGGUGGUGGCUUUGGACCAGUUGCUGAUGAUGGUUAUGGUGUAUCAUAUAUUAUUGUGGGGGAGAAUCUCAUCAAUUUCCAUGUAUCCAGCAAGUUUUCUUGCCCAGAAACAGAUUCUCAUCGCUUUGGAAGCAACAUCAAGCAGGCUUUGUGUGAUAUCAGAAAUUUAUAUCAACUUGGUAAAAACUCUACUAAGUGACUCCCAACCAGUGCAACUAUUCACCCUAUGUUGGGUGUGAGAACUCUUCUGAUCAGUGAAUGAAAGAAAACAAGACAUGCUAAGUAGCAUUUGGAUACAAUUCAUUCAGAGAUAUAUCCUAAGCAUUUAAUCUUGAGAGAGAUGCCAGGGUUCAUGACUGCAAUUGUUCAGAAGAGUUUUCUUUUCCACAACAGAUGACUUGACAUUCUUUGUAUUUAGUAAGACUGCAGUAAUGUGGCAACGGUGAAGGCAUGUAUUCUAGGCCUGUCUUAAUUUAAUGCAAACUUGAUCAUUUCCUACAAAAAUAUGUUUAUUUGUAUUCUGUAAAGGAAGGGAUGAAUGAAAUACAAGUAUAUCAAACCUCACAGAAACAACAAAACACUGUCUUGAAAUGUACCAGUAGCAGACAUAUAUUUGCUCUUUUAUCAGUGUGAUAACUUGGGGCAUUCACCUUAAAUAAAGGCAUUUCAUUAAGCUUAAUUUAAAAAAAAAAUAGAAAUCUUCAUGUAGUGAGCUAAGUGGAGAAAUGCUUUAUUGCUUGGAACCAGUUUAUGCCACCACAGAUAAGCACUACCUGAAACAGUGGCAGUUAAUGCUACUUUUAUAAUAUUGUUCCUGACCACAUACAUUUCCACAUAUUCAUUUUAGUUUGUAAAUGGACCUGCAUGUGUGUGUUUCAGCAUGUAAAAAGAGGUGCUAAAUACAGAAUACACAGUGGUUAUUUUUUUGUAGGUGAGGGUUCUCUCUAUAAUCUGUUAAGAUUUGCUGAAUUCACAGUUUACCUAAUUGGAGUAAAAGUGAACAGAUUUUCAUAUAGCACUGUACAUAUGAAAGUACCCACAAAAAUGGAAAUCUCUUCCAGGUCAAUGAGAUUUACUGUUACUUGUGACAUUUCCCUGGGCUUUAGGAACUGUAGCCAUCCGAUUAAAAACCUGCUGGACAAUCCCCACCAUAUAAGACAAAGCCUGACUGAAAUACUGUAACUUACCCACUCUCGUGCCUUAAGCAGUUCCCUUCUUAAGUGCAACCAUGGUAUAUGGAGAAGGUCCUGGUGUAAUAAAUAUUGCACUAUGAUCAUCCAGGUAUGGACCAAUCUUAACUCAAAGAUGCUGAAGAAGAGAGAGCAUGAGAAAUCAUGAGAGAUUUCUAGAAAAUACGUGCAGUGGAACUUAAAAAUUAAAGCAGUGUGAGUGGCACAAAGUUAACCAAAACACUUGAAGAUAUAAGCAUUAUGAAAAGCUUUUCUAAAAAGUCUUUUAGGCAGUAUUUGCAUAAAACAAACCAAGGAUUUAUCACAGCAGUUGCAGCUAUCUUAAUACAAUGUCUGUGAGAACAUGCAGUGGCUAUGAAAACAUGCAACAUCAUUUGAGGCUUUAAUUUUUUUAAAUUCUGAUGCUCUCUAGAGAGCUUUUAAAAACUACAAUUAAUGGAGAGGGUGGGAGAGAAAUAUCUCUUUCAUAUUCCCCAUUACUGAACUGAAUAACUUCUGUUUUUGUAUGGUAUUUAGCUAACAUGCUUUAAACACCUUGGCUUAGGAUCUUAGAGAAUAAUCCGAUACACUGUUUUGUAGUGGAAUGCAAUACUCCUACAGCAGUGGUGGAACAUGUUUUGUCUGAUCAGGUACAUUAAAAAAGAACAGUAUGGGAAAGAAUUUAUAACACCCAGAAUGCAGCAUGGUGUCCAUUAAAAGUACUACAAGGAGCAAUGUCUAUAGUCUCUUCAUAUUGACCACUGACCAACCUCUGUUAACUUUAAAGUAAUCUUGUAGGACUUCUUAAAAGAGCAUACCUAGGUUUGACUCUCAGGUUUUAGAUGUUUCAUGCAUAAUCAUAGUUAACUAGUGCAUUAUCAAUGCAAUUCUGCAUUUUUUGCUGGAAUGUAAAUGUGUAAUUGGCUAAGGACAACCAGGUUCUUAUUGCAAGUAUUUGAAGGACUGUCAUAUUUUGGUUUUUUUCAUUUGACACAAAUAAUUUCUAAAUAGGCCGCAAUUUGUAUGGUCUUAGAAUGUCAAUUGCAUGUAAAUAAUGUUACUUUUGCUGUAAAUCUAAAAUGCACAGUAAACAUAUGCUAUCCAUAAAUUA